AUGGGUUUCUCCAAGGUGGUACAAUGGUGGGACGAGUGGCAGCUCCGUGUGCUCGUCCUGGGCAGUCUCUUCCUCCAGUACUUCCUCUUCGUCGCAGCCGGUAUGCGCAAGCGUUGCAUCCCCUCCUGGUUCAGGUUCUUCAUCUGGCUCGCCUACCUGGGCAGCGACGCAUUGGCCAUAUAUGCCCUUGCCACCCUCUUCAACAGCCACAGGAAGCAGGAGUGGACGUCCACGCGCCGUGGCAACUCCAGCCUGGAGGCGUUGUGGGCGCCGGUGCUGCUGGUGCACCUCGGUGGCCAGGACGGCAUCACUGCCUACAACAUAGAGGACAACGAGCUGUGGAGGCGGCACGUCCUCACCGCAGUGUCUCAGUGUGUUUUACACGCAAAAAAGAGGAAGAAAACAAGUACAUCUGGCGACAACAAAGCGAUCAAAGAGCCCUACCAUCUAUUCGAAGACCUGGCAUACCCGUACACCGUCCGGCUGGAGAACCUCAAGUACAUGGUGGAGAACAAGCAAGACGAAGCGCAUGGGCUGGUUCAGUCAGGUCUCUCCAAAACGUUCGACCGGCUCUACACCAAGAAACAAGUGUACAAUGCGACAAAGAUAUGGAGCGAUUUUGUUACUGAUCUCUCCAAUAAUCGCUUCUCCGGCUUCCAUCUAGGUGGCCGCAUCCAUCUAGGUGGCCUCCUACGAUCGGUGACCGUGUACCUGUCGUUCGCGGCCAUCAGGGUCUUCCACAAUAGCGCCAGAGCAGCCCAGAACGGCACCGAUGUCAGGGUCACCUACGCCAUGUUGUGCUGCACUGCCGCGCUGCAGCUCCUCAUGACCAACGGGCUAGUGAUACUGUUUCUCCAUUGGUGCGUGCGUCGUUUGGGGUUACAACCGUGGCCUGAACAGGUCGCCCAGUACAGCCUUGUUGGGUACUUGGCCCGCAACAGGAGGCACCCCAGGUUGAGGAAGCUUGCCACCAUGCUGGUUUGCAAGGACUACCUCGACAAGCUAUGGUGCAUGGAGUCUUGCAAGUCGUCCCGCGCCAUCACCAAGCUUGUCCAUGCCCAUGUCAAACAAGGGUGGAAACGCUACAUCAAGGACACCGCCACUUACAGGGCCUUCAACGACAAGCGGGGCCAGGGCACUCUCCUCCGCGAGAAAUGCACGGACCUGGAGUGGAGCCUCAGGAGGCCGUUCGACGAGAGCGUCCUCCUGUGGCACCUCGCCACGGACCUGUGCUUCUAUCACAGUGACGUUGUGGGCAAGGGGGAGGACACGUCUCCUCAGCGCCGCCGCAGCAGGGAGAUCUCCAACUACAUGAUGUACCUUAUGUUCGUGAACCCGGAGGUGCUCAUGACCGGCACCAGGCGCAGUCUGUUCCGCACAACCUGCCAUGGAGUCAAGCACAUGCUCGAUGACGGCGAUGACAAGACCCCGCUGGAAGACAGAGAGAUGAUGAAGAAGAUAAUCCAGCAGCUGGAGAAAGGCACACAAUGUCCAGGUAUCAUGCUCGAAGCUUGGGAACUCUCCAAGUCCCUCGUGGGUCUGCGUGACAAGAAGAUGUGGAGGGUGAUGCAGGGCGUGUGGGUGGAGAUGCUCUGCUUCUCCGCCGGCAGACGCAGAGGGUACUUGCACGCCAAGAACCUAGGAAAGGGCGGUGAGUACCUCUCCUACGUCUGGCUGCUCCUGUCGCACAUGGGGAUGGAGACCCUCGCGGAGAGGGUGCAGAGGACGGAGCUGCCAGAGGAAGGAGACAGGGGUGCGUCUGCGCUGGUACAGGCUUCCAUGGCGAUGCCCAUUGGGGACAAUAGUGUGUGA